AUGCACGGGGCCGUUGCGGCUGUGCAGGAGAUGCUCGACUUCGCGCGUGCGUCUGCCGCCGCGGGCGCGCCCGGCUUGGAGUCCGCGGCGCGCGAUAUCAAUGCGGUCGCGCGCGAUGCUGCGCCUUUCGCAAUGGCUGAGGGCACGGCCAUCCUCAAUAUGGUGUCCUCGAGCCCCUUGGGCGCAGCAGAGCAGCGCGAGAUAUUGAAGACAGUCAGGGCGAAGGCGACGAUCAUCGGCUCCAAAGGCAGUCCACGCCCGGCACAUCCAGCGCCAGCAGCGCCCGCGCCACAGGAGCCACCAGCCAGCCAGUGCACAACGCCCGUCCGACCAUCCAGCCAAGCAGCCGUGCCCGAUGCAGCAGGUGCCGAGUCGCUUGGCAGCGACUCUAAUUCGCCUCCAGAGCGCGCGGGCCCCCGUCAGCCGCCGCACGUUCCCCACAAAAACCAGUCGUGCCUGUAUUUUCAUCGAUUCAUGACGGCUCAGAUGUGGGAGACCUUUCGCAACCCCGCCAUGGGGUGGCCAGAGGCGCUUCGCGAGCUCGUGCAGCGCAUGGACGAGCUGGGGCUUGUUAGCCCAGACGAGCCGACAAAACGACGCUUGUGGUGCGUAUGCCAAGUGGCUCGCCAUCCGCCUGGCGUGAAGUUCGCGGCGGACCCGUCCGAGGCGCUGCGCAAGAAGCAAGACAUCACUGGCGAGAUUGCCGCGCUGAAGGCUCGCAACAAGCAGUUCUCGCUGGCCCAUUGCGGCGCCAUCAAAACCUACCCCAGCAGCCCAGACGAGCUCCGUCGCCUUUACCCUGCCAGUUGGGCCGAGGCUUACAAGGAUGGCCUCCAGCCGUGCAUGUGCCCCGUCAGCGAGCUCAUGAUAGACCGUGUGAGUGCGAGCCUGCCGUGCAGGGGCAGCCGCAGGAGUGUCAGGGGUGAUCCCGUGUCCUUUUCUCGUCGCGGAACGUUUGGGAACCGAAUUGCUGGGGCGAUCAACGGCGCGAUGUGCGGCAGUCGUGCCUUCGAGCCCCCGACGAUCCAGAUCUUCGAUCGCCCGAGGUGCGCAGAAACUCAGAUCGCCCCCUUCGGCUCCACGCGCGGCUACGACGCGCAACACCAGACGCAUCAGUACCAGCCGCAGCACCAGCCGCAGGGCCAGCACCAGCCGCAGCCGCCUGGGCAGCUUGCGCUACCAGCACCUCCAGCUCGAAGCGGGGGCGACGCUGGACUCGCGCGGGUUGCCUGGUUCGGCGUUCCCUGCGCGGCGGCGCUGAUGCAGAAGACGCUCGAGCAGGGCCGCGGGAAGCGCGGGCCCGUGAAGCCCCUCCUCUACAACGGAUACAAGAUCUACACCGCCCACAACGCUGACAAAUGGAGAGUUUUCAAGCAGGGGCAGGCGAGGCUCUGCGGCUUCGCUGGCGGGCUCCGCCACGGGCGGGGCCGGGGCCGCUCCGGCCCGCCGCCCGCGUGCGCGGGCGAGGGCGAGUCCGGCGGCGUGCGGAGGGGCGGAGAGCCGGCGGACUGGCGCGAGUUCCGGGCCCGGCUGGUGCUGCGGGAGGUCCCGCCCGAGCGCCGCGGCGGAGCCGGCUGGGUGCACGAGGCGUCCCUGAUCGAGCAGGGCUCCCUCCUGCUCGCCUCCGCGGGCGCCGCGUUCGAGCUGGACCAGCAGUACUUCCACAAAGCGGUCGUGCUGCUCGUCCAGCACGGAGACGACGGGGACGUGGGCUUGGUGCUCAACCGGCCCACGGCUUUCACAGCCGACUCCCUUGGGCUCACCUGCGGUGCCGGCGCACCGGGCUGGAACGUCUGGUUCGGGGGCCCCUCUCAGGGCGCUGGGUGCGAGGCGAGGCACCAGCGGCUCUUCUGCCUCCACACCCUCGACGCCCUCGCGGAUCUCAGCUGCAGCGUCAUCCCAGGCGUGUUCCUGAUCGACGUGGGUCGGGCUACGCAGCUCGUCGCCGACGGGGAGGCAGAGGCGGACGAGUUCAUGCUGCUCUGGGGCUGCUGCGUCUGGGGCCCCGGGCAGCUGCAGCGUGAGCUGGACCAGGGGGACUCGUGGACCCUGGCCGCGGCGGAGCAGUCCGCGUUCCUGGGCCAGCUGCGGGACGUGCAGGCCUCCCUCAGGGCCAUGCUGGACGAGCGGCCCUUCUCCUUCGUGGACGAGGUGCUGCGCUCUGCCGCGGCCGAGGCCCCGGCGGUGAGCCUCGAGGACCUGGGCAACGGCGUGCGGGAGUGGCAGAGGCUCUACGCCGCCCUGGGCACGCAGUUCGAGAUCCUGAGCGAGAGCGAGGGGGGCGGCGCCCCCAGCCACGGGGACGAGAUGCUGAACGCGUGGACGCGGCGCUGCCUCCUGCAGGGCCCCGCCGCGGGCGCGGAGCCGGCGCGGGCCCGGGCCGCGCUGGCGGGCAGGCAGAGGCGCACGGGGGCCCUCCUCCGCGGCUCCUGCACCGCGUGGCUGCUGGGCGGCCCGCUGAGCGAGGCGGGCCGGCCGCUGCGCCGCCCGCUCGGCUUCUCCCCGGCCACGUACAUGCACAAGGCCGUGCUGAUGUUGCUGCGCGAGGCGCGGGAGGGGCAGCAGGCCGUGCUGGCGCUGCUGAACGGCCCCCGCGUGAGCGCGGACGCGUUCUUCGGGGGGACCAGCAAGGUCGGCGGCAGCGACGUGCUGCGCGUGGAGCAGGGCGAGACGUCGUUCCCCCUGCUCAGGGGCGUGGUCGUCCUCGCCCCGGGGGUUCUGGAGGAGCUGCUCGCGGCGGGCGCCCUCGAGCCCUCGGACGCCAGCGUGCAGGAGGUGUUGGACGCCGACAUCGAGGCGAGGUGGGCCGUCGCCGGGGGCACGGUCGGCUCCCUCGCGGAGGCCCGCCUCGCCGCGGCGGGGGACGUGCAGCUCCGCGCGUGGUACGGCAGGUUCUUGCAGAGCAGCCUCGGCGAGGACGGCCAACAGCGCGCCGACACCACGCUGCUGGCCCUCGGCCAGGGCCUGCCGAUGCAGGUGCGCAGCACGAAGCAGGGCUUCCUCGGCCACUACGAACGUCCGGGGGAGUAUGCGUUCCAAGUAGGCGAUAUCGUGGUGCACCGUGGCCAUGGGCAGGUGGGUGUGGUGGCAGAGCGCUUCGACGUGUGCCAGCUCGGCGAUGAAUGGCACCGGGCCAACGCGCCCGAGGGGAUGACCCAGGGCCAGCCGUUCUACACUAUCCUCGUCGACCUGCCUGGGAGGCCGUUCGAGCGCCACGGCGCGCAGAGCUCCCACCGCAGGUGGGAGCCGGCGCUG